AUGGUGCUCGCGUACGGUGGGGAAGGCGUGGAUGACCACGAUUGGCUCAUCACCCGUACGGUCCUGCCUUCGUUCGAGAGCGUCCUCGAUGAACUUGAGCCGAUCAGCGAGUUUGUCUGCCCUCCGUUUGUGCCACCGUGUCGUUCCUCACGGCAUUACUCUCUGAUGACGGAUGCCUUGACGAUAGGCGGGGUAAUUAGCGAGUGGGAAAAGAAGAUGAUUCUUGCCAGGUUAAGGCAAACUCCUCCUCUUGUUGAGGAGGAAUUCCAAAGACGUCUUAGUACGGUUCAUACGCGUAAUACAAGAGAAUACAUACGUGAAAUUCAAAUUCGUGCUUCAACGCAGGUUGAAGCUGAGCAGGAAGGGCGUCGUCUGGAAUACGAGGGAGGAAUUUCAAGAAGGGAGGCUGUCUUUGCCCGCCACAAAAACUUGGCGACUAUUUUGCGAGGGGAAGUGAAGACGGUUAGGGCAAGGCGAUGGUGCACCAUCAUAUUUUCUCAUGUGUUUCUCACGGCACUGAUGAAGGAGAGACGCAUUCACGGGGCGUAUGAAAAGAUUACGUGGAUGCUUCUUCCUAUUAUUAGGCGCCGGGCAGCCGUCAGCGUGAAGAGAAAAGAAGCGGAGAAGUUAACUCGAAUGAAUCUGGAAAAUAUACCAUUUCCGUCGCCGUCUAUCAUUCGUAGUAUGUACGGGACCUUUUUUAAAGGGUGGCCAUCUCCUCUUUUGGAGAUGCUGGCGCGAAAGGCAAAGCCGCUUUUUUUUCAGUCAGGAAAGUUUUUGAUGCAUGAGGGAGACUUGGACCGCUGCAUGUACAUGAUUACCACAGGCUCAGUGAGUGUUAUUUUGAAUGAUCGCUCAAAGGGGAAAAAACGAACGAAAGAGUGCAGUAAGGCAUGUUUUGCGCUCACUCCACCGUGUUAUGUGGGAGAAUUUGCCUUGGUGUGUAAGGAGCCUCGGAGUGCAUCCAUUCAAUGUGAAACCGAUGUGGGUGCCUGGACUGUUUCCCCCGAGGACUACGAGGAGGUUGCGCAACAUUUGAGUCCAGAGGUGGCAAGUCAACAAAGAGAAGCGACUGACGUUCGACGAAGAGCAAACUUGCAGAAAUUCUUUCCUUUGCGCGUUGAGCUUCUUAGCCAAUUUCCGUACUUUGAGAAAUUCAGUGUUGAGGCUCUUAAUAAAAUCAUUUCUGCCGUCGAGCCCAUCGUGCUUCACGACGGCGAUCCUCUGUUUUCAAAGUCUGAUAUGGAUUCUUCCGCCUAUUUUAUUCAAGACGGCGUUGCUAUCCUCUUGGAGGAGGAUGGCACCCGACGUACCAUACCGCGUGGGAGCUGUGUAGGGAUAUUUGAAUGCGCCUGUAGUGUUAAUGAGAGAAAAAAGUAUUCUAUCAUCAGCAAAAAUUACUGCGAUAUUUGGAGAAUGCGCCGCGAGGUUCUUAUUGACGUUGGAAUGAGUGAACCGGCUGCGUUUUUAUACUGCCGCAGUGCCGCCAAAUCCCAACGUGCAAAUGAGGUGGUGAAGCCCACAAAUCCUUCUAUUUCCGUGAGAAAAGAUCCGUAUCUGACGUUUUGUUUCACACGUCAGUUAAUAAGCCGAUUGUGGGAAGCCGCUCUUCCUGUAAUUUACCUCAAUGACGAGAAACUUGUGGCUCAGGGGCAGCUUUUUAAGCAGUUCAUUAUAUUGCAUAAUGGUGUGUUUGAAACAACAAUUAUUGCGGGAAAUGGGGAGCAUCAUACAGUGCGGAUCACAGUCAAUGGCGAGGUCACUGCCAUGGAAGUUAUUUCGGGAUCAAACGACAACUCGCUUUACAAGGGACGGGAGCCCAUGACGAAGGCAUUUUUCAGUUUGGUUUUGGGAGCCUACGAGUACGCCUCUUCGAUGCCGCAGUACAGUUCCACAGUGACGAGUUACGGGCUUUCGGAGGCCUUUGUGGUGGAUCGUGCGUGCUUUGAUGCCCUAGUGCCUCCGGAGCUCAGGGAGAUUAUGGAGGAGGACAAAGAUGCACGUAAACUUGUGUACUCUUCUCACAAGGAAAAUGAUCCCGGCGUGAUUAUGUCGAACAUGCAUCUUGGGUUUGCCUCGACGUACCGCAAGAGCAGGAAAUGCCAUGUAAAGGGCGAUGCAAUUUGA